AUGAAAGACUUCUGCCACUUCUCUACAACAACAUCAAACUGUACAUCCACUCCCCUCACUGCCUUCUUGCUGACUGGUGUCCCAGGAUUAGAAGACUUCCAAAUUUGGAUUUCCAUCCCUUUCAGCUUCAUGUACCUUUUGGCUGUGAUAGGUAAUGGCCUGGUUAUGGCGAUGGUGAUCUGCGACAGAAGCCUCCAUGAACCCAUGUAUCUCUUCCUAGCCAUGCUAGCACUCAAUGAUGUUCUCCUUUGUACUGUCACGGUGCCCAAAAUGCUUCUUAUCUUUUGGCAGGGCCCUUCCAUAUCAACAUUUCCUGCCUGUCUCACGCAGAUGUUUUUCGUUCAUGCUCUGUUCCUCUCUGAAUCUGCUGUCCUACUGGCCAUGGCUUUUGACCGCUAUGUGGCUAUCUGUGCACCACUCCAUUAUGCUACCCUACUUACAGGCUCUCUCAUCAGCAAAGUGGUCCUGGCUCUGGUGGCUCGAAGUGUGACUGUGGUCACCCCUGGCGUCCUACUCAUUCUCCGCCUGCACUUCUGCCAGAGCGUCAUUCACCAUACUUACUGUGAGAACAUGGGCAUCGCCAAAUUGGCUUGCAAUAGCAAUGUCCCUAAUAGCAUUUAUGGGCUCACUGCUGCUCUCCUCACCACAGGACUGGACUUUGUUCUUAUCUCCCUGUCCUACUGGUUAAUCUUGAGAACAGUCUUCCAACUGCCUUCUAGGGAAGCCCGGACAAAGGCCUUUGGAACUUGUGGAGCGCAUACAUGUGUCAUCCUGAUAUUCUGCACUCUGGCCUUCUUUUCCUUCUUUACCCAUCGCUUUGGACACCAUGUACCCAGGCAUGUCCUUAUCCUCCUGGCAAAUCUCUACUUACUGGUACCACCUACCAUGAACCCCAUUGUUUAUGGGGUAAAGACAAAAGAGAUAAGGAUUCGAGUCAUCAGGAUC